CUCGCCAUACACGCGUCGGCGAUUUUCUCAUGUACUGUGAACUCUGAAAAGAAAGAAAUCAAAGACGGCAAAGCGCUCUUGUGAAUCAUUGGUAUGAACUCGAACGAGACUUUUUGCUUCGAGCGCUUGUCCUCUGAGUGAAUCCCUUCUUUGAAAAGAAAAGACAAGAAACGCCAGCAGUGUUAAUCCCGCCGCCAUGAAGCUCACAACAGCGACAAGGAUGUUGUGGGUGCUCGUGAUGGCUCUGCUGACUCCCCCGCUCGCCGCCGGCUCGUCCAGGGAGUCGCGCAAGGAACCCAACCUCCUGCCGGUGCCCCUGGGCGUCAACCUCCUGGGCGGGAUCGUCAGCAGUCAGGAAGCCCUCGACGCCCUCGCCGACCACGCUCCUUCGGGAGGGGAGCGGCGUCCUUCCUCCGAGGUCGAGAUCGAUUACGACUACUUCCUGCCCGGGGCGAGCGGCAAGGGCGCUCGGGACCCGUUCUUCGGGCUGGAUCGCCAGGGGCACGAACGCCCCUCGAACCCAUCGGCUUCUAAGGCUCCUUCGGCGACGGCGAGUGCGCGCCCGGCGCAAGAGGACACGGCGCCCUUCUACGAUUACUACGCGGACGGUGGCCACUACCCGGCAGGGUCCCAGGGGCCGGAUUACGAUGCCUUCUCGGUCUUCUAUGACUCCAUGUUCCCCGACCCCGGCGCUCCCGUCAUUCCCGGCGAGGACGACGCCCGGCGCCCCGUCGUGGUUGAGCCCUCCGUCAGCCCAGCGCGGCGCCCGACGGAGCGCCAACCGACGACCGCUCCUUCUGCCACGCCCUCGAGGUACGUGACGACACCAAGGGCCCCGAGUCCGUCGCACCCAUCGGAGCGGGACGAGCGCCCCCGCCCGCUGCGCCUCCGCCCGUCGCCCUUCCCUCGACCCUCGACCCCAGCGAGCCCGCCCCCAGGAAACACCUCCAGCUUGCCCUCCUCCUCCUCCUCCUCGAAAGCCUCGACGCCCAUCGACAUGUCCCACCUGAAGACACUCUUCCCGAUGAUCCUCCAGAAGUUCGGGCUCCCGCUGUCCCUCGCCGACGACCUCUUCCGCGACGAGGCGGCGCUGCAGGCGACCCUCCUCCAGAUCACGCGCGACGAGUCCUUCAAGAACGCCGUCGAGAUGUUCCCUCAGUUCGACGUGCCCGGCAUCGACUUUGCCAACCUGCCCAAGUUCCUCGCUGACCUCGACCCUUCCAUGGUGAUGACCUUGCUGCCGCUGCUCGACCACAUCGAUUUCUCGCACAUCACGGACCUCCUGUCGGGGAUCGGCAUCGACAUGUCCUACUUCAAGGGCAUCCUGACCCGAGGGGGCGCGGCCGCUCAGUACGGCGUCAGUCCGGGCGGCGAGGACGACAGCAAACUCAUCUACAUCCCUCUGCUGGACACGGGGAAUGUAAACAACGUGCAGAUCAUCGGCUUUGUGGUCGUCAUGUUCUUCCUGUUGGCAACUGCCUACGCUUACAUGGAGUAUGGCCUCUUCGACAGCACCCGGCGACACAACCAGCCGAAGGUGUCGAGCGUGACGAGCGACGAGAUCCUGAGCUGGGCCGAUGGCGACCUCCUCCUGCCGGCGAUCGAGGCCACGGAGGCGCCCCAGCACUGGCACACCUACGCCCACCCCGCCCACAACGAGGUCGCCGACGCAUGGUACUCCCCGCCCGCCGCCUCCGUGCCCUACCCCGAGGAGCAGACGUACCCCUGGGGCCCAGCGCCCGCCCACCACGCCCCCGCCGCACGCCCGCACUUCCGCCCUAGCGCCCGCCCGCGCCCUCGGCCCAAGGCGCCCACCCGCCGGCGCCCCGCCCGCCCCUACGCCCCGCGGCCGGCGCAGAGGCAGCCCGCCGCCCAGAGGAGGAGGACCGUCCUUCGCCGCAGGACGACGCCGCGCCCCUACCAGCCGGCGCCCGACUACUCCUACGACGACUACGACUACAGCUACAACUACGACGACGACUAUUACAUUUACGGCGACCACUACGACUACUACUACGACGCGCCCCCGCAGCGCCUGAAUCGGCGUCCCAGGCCAGACCGAGGCUCCCACUACUACUACCCGACGACCCCCUUGCCCAGCGACAGGGACGCCUACUCCACGACCACCCGACGACCCGACACGAACUCCGCGACGACCACCAGCGCGAGUCCGGCUUCCACGACGACCCUCACGGCCUGGGCCGAGACCAGACCCACCAGCAAGUACGCCGAGACCAUAAGAACGGUACGACCUCCCUACAAGACCGUGGACGACCAGGACUGGGCUCGAUUCAACGCCGAGAAGAAGACUUAG